AGUUUGAUGUUCCAUCUUCGGGGUGAAAAAAUAAAGGUUUUUGCUAAAUUUUACUCCGUUUUAUGGAGAAAUCGGUUUAUCGGUGGUCAUUUAAAUGAUACGAUAAUGAGUUAUGUGGUUCGCGAUAUUUUUAACAUCGCCUAGGGCUUGCAGUGGAUCAAAUUGCGGCUGAACAGUUUUAGUUGAUAAAUUCCGGAUUUUCCGUUCCCGGUUUACGGUUUCGGAAGCGGCGCCCGUUUUACGUGUGCGGUGUAGGUAGCGAAGUAUUGGUGACCAUCACCACCGGGCCGGGGCGCGCAGCAUCUUCUUGGAGCCGCUGAACCACUUAUCUCUCGCGCAGCUUAUCAUCAGCCUCGUCCCCCCGUACCUGUGUUAGUUGUUCAUUGAAUCGAAAGUGCACUGUAGUAAAGUAGUUCCCCCAAAAAUGGCCAUGUCCGUUCUGCGUACCUUCUCCCGAAAUAUGGCCACUGCAGCGAAGAUCAACAAUGUCGUCGUGGUCGGAGGAGGCCUUAUGGGUUCCGGUAUAGCGCAGGUCGCGGCCGCCACCGGUCACAACGUGACGAUGGUAGAGAUGAGCGAUUCGCUGGUCCAGAAAGCGAUCGGCGGUAUUCGCAAAAGCUUAGAGCGUGUUGCUAAGAAACAGUUCAAAGAUGAUGCGACCAAGGGACAGCAGUUCAUCGACGGAACGUUGGCAAAGAUCCAGGGCGAAACGAAACCCGAAUCUGCCGUCGCACAGGCGGACCUUGUCGUCGAAGCGAUCGUCGAGCGGAUGGAGGUAAAGCAUCAGCUGUUCAGCAAACUGGACGCUGCGGCGCCAGCCCACACCAUCUUCGCCAGCAAUACCUCCUCCCUAUCGAUCGGCGAGAUCGGUUCGGUAACGAAGCGACAGGAUCGGUUCGGUGGGCUUCACUUUUUCAACCCGGUACCGGUGAUGAAGCUGCUGGAGAUCAUCCGGACCGAUCAGACCUCAGACGAGACGUUCAAGGCGUUGGUUGGCUUCGGGGAACGCUUGGGAAAGAGCUGUAUUACCUGCAAGGAUACGCCCGGUUUCGUCGUGAACCGACUGCUCGUCCCGUACAUGGCCGAAGCUAUACGAUUGCUCGAGCGGGGAGAUGCGUCCGCCCGUGACAUCGAUACGGCGAUGAAGCUCGGCGCAGGCUAUCCGAUGGGACCGAUCGAACUGAUCGAUUACGUUGGACUUGACACAACCAACAACAUCCUGCAGGGUUGGCAUGCCAAGUAUCCCGGAAAUCCGCUCUUCCAGCCGAUCAAAACUCUCGAAAAGUUGGUCAACGAAGGCAAGCUUGGCGUCAAAAAUGGUGAAGGGUUCUAUUCGUACAAAAAGUGAGAACUCAACCAAUGUAUGCUUCAUGCAGCGAGGUUUACAAUCGAGAAAUAAAAGCAUUUAAUAUAGCCUAGCGCUUGUGGAAAGUGAUUGUCAUUGUUGAUC